AUGGAUUCUCCAGGAGCGCAGUUCGACCUCAGUGGACAGGCCGAGCCAGUCUCGACUGUGGAGCAGCUGCCCAUGGGUGAUCUAUCGAUCUAUGGAGAAGUUUCCGCUAUGAGUCAUCAGUUGGAUGUUGAGAGAUCUGUCAGUUAUCUUAGCUCUUCAGUAGCUCCUCCAGGGUAUCACAGCCCAUCCGAGUGUGAUUCAUUCAGCAGUGGUGCUGCAUCACCCACGUUCCAGGCUCACAUGCCGAACCAAGCCACACGGCAGUCGUUUGCUGUCUCUGACCCGUAUCGCCCUCCUCUACAGACCGUUGGGAGCCCAUCAGAUUGGGACCAGCGGGCGGACCAGUUGCUGUACGCACGCAGUUGGGUCCUCCAGGGACCAGAUGGAUUGCUCCCACAUCAGAUACCUUCAUCUCAGUGUUUGUUCACUUCUCUUACACCACUGCGAGAUCCUGUCUAUCAGCAUGUUGAACGGCUCUGGCAGCUCGAUGUCCUUCCAUCCCGCAGCGAGAAAGUGAUAACUCGGUCUAAACAGGAUCAGAUGGCUGCAGACAUGUUGGAGACCAAGACGCGACGAGUAGAAGUUGAUGGAGUCCGGCGCUAUGCUACUCCACUACUUCGUGCGCCAAACGCUCCACUGCUGAAGGGGACUGUGGAAUCCGUUUUGUCCAGCCUCAGGAACACUGAGAAACACCUGAGUAGAGACCCUGAAAGGGCUAAGGUGUACGAAGCUGAAAUACAGAAGCUCCUUGACUCAGGGUAUGUUGUCAGGGUACCAUCAGAAGGCCAGCAGGUAGACGAGGAGUCGUGGCUCAUACCACACCACCUUGUGCAGCAUAACGGCAAAUACAGGUUGGUCUUCAAUUGUUCCUUUGCCUACCAAGGAAAAUUGCGCAGAAAGGACCCGCCGGACAUCUAUGAAUGGCAAGUCUUGCCUUUCGGGACGACCUGCAGCCCCUGCUGCGCCACCUUCGCGCUGCAGAUGCACGUUCGCUGCCAGCAGUUCGGGAAUGAGGAAGUGUUGCAGUCCAUAGAGCAGAGCUUCUACGUGGACAACUGCCUACAGAGCCUUCCCACUGCCGAGGAAGCCAAGCGACUAAUUGACAAGAUGAGGCCUCUCUUAGCCUCUGGGGGCUUUGAAAUCAGACAGUGGGCCACUAAUAUCCCUUCUGUUGUCCAGCACCUCCCAUCUAAGGCUAGUUCAGAGAGCAUUGAAUUGUGGUUACGGCAAAAUCAUUCAGACCCAUUGGAGCCGGCUCUUGGCUUGAUGGGGCACUGCCUAGAAGACAGCCUGGGUUACAGGCAUCGUACACUAGCAGAGGAUCAUCCGACCAUGAGGUAUAUUUAUAAGGUCUUGGCAACGCAAUAUGACCCUCUAGGAUUCUCCAUUCCUUUCACCACCCGAGCCAAGGUUCUCGUUCAGAGACUCUGGACCAAACCGAGGGAUUGGGAUGAUCCGAAUCUUCCUGCAGACCUGUUGGAGAAGUGGAACGUAUGGGAGAAGGAGCUGCCUGAUCUCUGUAAGCUCAAGCUUCCAAGGUGCUAUCUUCCUGCCGACUUUGAUGUGGAGAAAUCAAAAUUAAGCCUUCAUGUGUUUGGCGACGCAUCUGAGGUUGCUUAUGGGUCGGUGGCUUAUCUCCGUGCAGAGCAGUACGGUAAGAUCCACACCACCUUUGUCAUGGCUCGCUCUAAGGUAGCCCCCAAGCAUCAACUGUCGAUGCCACGUCUCGAGCUGUGUGCAGCAUUGACUAGCGCUCAGCUUGCACAGUUUCUCAAACAGGAGCUAACCAUUGCCAUAGAGACAGUGACAUUAUGGACUGACUCGACUACAGUGCUCACCUGGAUCCAGUCUGAGUCCUGUAGAUACAAGGUGUUCGUCGGGACAAGGGUGGCAGAAAUACAAGAGUUGACUGAGCUCCACUCUUGGCGAUACGUUGACUCCUCGAAUAACCCGGCGGACGAUAUUACCAGAGGGAGGAUGCUCAAGGAGCUGGCGAACUCUGACAUGUGGAGUCGAGGCCCAAGAUUCCUCCGUGAACCGCCAGACCAUUGGCCAGUUAAGCCCCUUGUAGAGGUCAGAGAGGAUACCUCAGAAACAAGGAAAGCCGUAUUCUGUGGAUUAGUCACGAACGAUCGAAAUCCAGACAUGCUUGAUGCAUCUCAGUAUACCUCUUGGAGUGCCUUAGUCGACGCGACCUACCGGUCCCUCCAUGGGGCGGCCGCCCAAGAUACUAGUAAAGCAUCCUUAGAAUAUAGACGUGCAUGGGAAAGGGAGAUCCGAUCUGUAAAGUCUGCACUACGAGUAGUCAUCGGGAGUCAGUCUGUGCCUGAAGAUGUCCUUCAGACUGUACUGAUUGAAGUAGAGGGUAUCCUGAACAGCAAGCCCUUGGGAUACGUUUCAUCCGACGUGGCAGACUUGGAUCCAAUUACCCCAAAUAUGCUUCUCAUGGGGCGGCGAGACGCCUCGCUUCCCCAGGUGGUCUACACCCCUGAGCCCUUGUCCAAGCGUCGUUGGCGUCAUUCCCAGACUAUCAUCGAUCAUUUCUGGUCUUACUUUACACGACACUACCUACCGGGUCUCCAGACUCGCCAGAAAUGGCAGCGGGUAACUCAAGAUCUAGCUGAGAACAUGGUGGUCAUGAUAAUCGACCCGCAGCUCCCCAGAGCCCAAUGGCCAAUUGGUCGGGUGGUCAAACUGAUACCCAGUGCUGAUGGACACGUUAGGUCAGCUCAAGUACAGGUCAAUGAUGGCAUAUACCUACAACCUGUGGCCAAACUUGUCAGACUUCCGGCACUUCCGGACGGAGGUGAAGCGGACUCCAACGACUAG